AUGCGCGCAGUAGUUAUCGGGCAUACCUGCGGCAUGGCGCUGGGUCUGCCUGCAUCCCAUCACGCCGCAGAGGAAGUUGCGGUCCUGUUUCGAUGCGAUGCCAUUGCCAUUCCGAAUGGCACGGUGGGGCGAGUGCCUCUCGGGAAUUGCUGCCAUGGGCCACACACACCCCGCCAGUGCCCGCCCCAGCCCAACAAGUGCUCCUCUUUUGUCCCGAUCCAAUCUCUCAGACCCUCCUCAUCAAUCUCAUAUAACGCCCCCCCCUUAGUGCCCGUCGUCUUCUCCCCUCCAACUCCUCUUUACUCCUGUAGAGCAACAGAAUCACGCCGCCACUUCGAAAGCGUCAAGAUGCAAGUCAAGUCGAUCGAGUUCAAGCCCUUCACUGACCAGAAACCUGGCACCUCCGGGCUUCGCAAGAAGGUCACAGUCUUCCAGCAACCGCAUUACAGCGAGGCUUUCGUCACAAGCAUCCUGCUGUCCAUUCCCGAGGGCGUUGAAGGUGGGCAUAGCGCGGGCUCCCGUCUGUCGAGAGAUUGUCCGACGCCUCAAGGAUCGUAUCUCGUCAUUGGUGGUGAUGGCCGAUUCUGGAACCCCGAGGUCAUUCAGGUCAUUGCCAAGAUCGGCGCCGCAUACGGAGUGAAGAAGCUCUUGGUCGGUCAGAAUGGCAUUCUGUCAACACCCGCUGCCAGCCAUGUCAUCCGCAAGCGCAAGGCCACCGGUGGUAUCUUGUUGACUGCCAGCCACAACCCCGGCGGUCCCAAGAAUGACUUCGGAAUCAAGUAUAACCUUGCCAAUGGCGGCCCUGCCCCCGAAUCGGUCACCAACAAGAUCUUCGAGGUGUCCAAGACGCUCACGUCGUACAAGAUUGCCGACAUUUCCGACAUUGAUAUUUCAACCAUUGGAACCCAGUCAUAUGGUGACUUGGAAGUUGAGGUGGUGGACAGCACUGCCGAUUAUGUCGAGAUGCUCAAGAACAUCUUCGAUUUCAAACUGAUCAAGAAGUUCUUCAACACCCAUCCCGACUUCAAGGUGCUCUUCGACGGCCUUUCUGGUGUCACUGGGCCGUACGGCAAGGCCAUUUUCCAACAGGAGCUUGGUCUUGGUGCUGAAUCCAUUCAGAACUGCGAACCUUCUCCUGACUUCAACGGGGGCCACCCGGACCCCAACCUCACCUAUGCCCACAGCCUAGUCGAAGUGGUUGAGAAGAACAGCAUCCCCUUUGGCGCCGCAUCCGACGGCGAUGGUGACCGCAACAUGAUUUACGGCGCUGGUGCCUUCGUGUCCCCCGGUGACAGCUUGGCCAUCAUUGCCCACCAUGCUAACUUGAUUCCAUACUUCAAGAAUAAUGGCGUCUACGGCCUGGCCCGCAGCAUGCCCACCUCUGGGGCGGUGGACUUGGUUGCCAAGAAGCAGGGCCUGAACUGCUACGAAGUCCCGACAGGGUGGAAGUUCUUCUGUGCAUUGUUUGAUGCCAACAAGCUGUCCAUUUGCGGCGAGGAGUCCUUUGGUACCGGAAGCAACCAUAUUCGCGAGAAGGAUGGUCUCUGGGCCAUUGUAGCCUGGCUAAACAUCAUUGCCGGCCUGGGUGUUGCUAACCCCGGGGUCGCGCCCAGCAUCAAGCAGAUCCAAAAGGACUUCUGGGCCGAGUAUGGACGCACAUUCUUUACGCGCUACGAUUACGAGGAUGUCGACUCGGAUGGCGCCAACAAGGUUGUCGGCGUAUUGAAGGACCUGGUGGCGGACCCCAACUUCGUCGGGAGCAAAGUAGGAGACCGCACAGUUACCGAGGCCGGAAACUUCUCGUACACUGACCUGGAUGGCUCCGUAUCUUCGAACCAGGGCCUGUAUGCUUGCUUCUCGUCUGGCAGCCGUAUCAUUGUUCGUCUGUCGGGAACUGGGUCGUCAGGUGCUACAAUUCGUCUUUACAUUGAGCAGCACAGCAGCGACCCUGCUACAUAUGACAUGGAUGCACAAGAGUUCCUCAAACCCGAGAUCAAGAUGGCGACGGAGCUUCUGAAGUUCAAGGAAUUUGUUGGUAGAGACGAGCCAAAUGUUAAGACAUAGACGAGCUCUCCAAGAGAGCGGCAUGAGAGCAACCUAGGCGUAGUAGUGUGUUUUGAAUACACCUAAUUUGUAUCCCCUGCCGUGCCCUGUAGCUGCAUAUACCGAGUGCUCUUUUAACUCGACCAAGUUCCGUGGAAAAUGGCU